AUGGAUGCCCUUGGAGACGUCACCAUAACCCUUCGAGUGCUUUGUCCUCGAGAGGACGCGAGCACAUUGCCGGAGGACCGCGAGAGCUGGCGAAGCAGCUUUCUCCUGGACAAGUUCACGCGAACCCGCUUCUUCAUGCUCCAGCGAGGAAAUUUCCGACGCGGCCUGGACGACCUCCUCUUGGUGAAGGAGAUAUUGCUCCGCGAGGCCUUUAGUGUGAUCGCCGAUCGUACGGCCAACCCCUACAUGACGCUGCACCGGCAAUCGAUAGACAGCAUCUUCAUGGACUCGGCCUUGCACUUGCAAAACGUGUUGAGGAGCGAGCAGUAUUCGCACCUCCAGAAGAUGCCAGUCGAGAUGACCUGCGAAGCCUUCAUGUGGAGGAGAGACAACUUGAAAUUGUUACGGGAGGUGGCAAUACAAGGAUCGAUGGAAUAUCCCGGCAAUUCCAGGGUGGGCUCGGCGGCUCAAGACAAUGGAUCGCGAGAGGAUGGUGGCGCCGGAGAUUGCUGCGCGAUAUGCUUGGAAGACAUGAAUCUAUGUGAAGUGGAAGUUGCAUGCACGCCAUGCAAGCACGAGUUCCAUGAAGACUGCCUCGCUCGAUGGCUAAAGAUCAGCAAUUUGUGUCCCUUGUGCCGUUUCGCAAUUCCCGCGAGGUUGAGUGAUGUUGACUAA